UAGAGUGAAUUCUAUAGUGAACUUAUGGUCUAUAGCUUCAAUUUGGACUGUUGGUUUAGGGUGCUUGAUCAUGUCCCCUUUCGUUUCAAUUGUAGGCGUGCAACGGGUGUAUUGGUUGAGGAGAAAUUACAUUGGGUCCUUGGUACUGAGCGGGAAUUUCCUCAUUCCAUAGUUAGCUUCAGUCUGAACUUCCAUUGUUUUAGUGAGGUUGCAGUGCCUGUGGUUGAUAUAAAUUCUUACUAUGUUGACAUGUAUGUGGGAGAAUUAGAUGGGUGUUUGUGUGUUUUGGCAAAUUAUGUUUAUUUUUCUGAGAUUUUUGUAAUGAAACAAUAUGGGGUGGUUGAAUCAUGGUCUAAGCUAUGUCGAGUUAAGAGAACCGAAACAAUUAUAAAUUUGGAGAGUACUAUAGCCUUUAUUAAUGACAGAAAGACUUUGCUAGUUAGACAUUGCCGUACGCUUCUUGCUUCUAUCAACUUAGAAACUUUGGAGAUUAAAAACCUGAGUAUCGAUUGUCCUCCUCCUAGGCGAUUUGCUCAUGUUUGCAUCGAGAAUCUUCUUAUGUUGGAUUAUUUUAGUGACCUUCCCCUGAGUGAGGAACAAGGAUUUAAAGAUGAUCAAGUAACAAGAGAAACUGAUGGGUCCAGUACAUCUGAUGGAACAAGCUGAUAAAUAUUGUCUUGGUAAAGACAUAAUAGGUAUUAUUAAUCACUUGUACGUUUUGUCUUUAUGUUUGAUAGCUUUGUUGCAUGAAAUUUUUGUAUCUUCUAGUAACAUCAGUUGUAUAAUUCCUUCGAUGGUAUUUCUAAUGUAUCCUAAGUUCAUUAUUUUAUGCUUCUAAAAGUUCAUGAAAUGCCAAGGAUCAAGAUCAGGACGAGAGCUUGUGAGCAUGAGAGGGUUGUCAUGCCAAGUUGUGAGAAAGUUGAAGUCGAAAUCAUUAGAAAGGAUUAUUUGAAGAUGCACGACACCUUGUGAGGUAGUUUGGAAGUGUGAGGUACAAUGUGUUAUGAAUGAGGGAAUUUGGAUUCUCAAAUGAAAGUAGAACUCAGGGAAAUAAGCACAGUAUAUGAAUAAGGAAAAUCUAAAGAUAAAUCACAGUAUAUGAAAAGAUAAACAAUGUUAACAAUGUUUAGUUGGCCCCUCUAUAAUUGUAUUGAUCAUUUAUUGUUUAGAUUGAGUUGGUUACCAUUCCGAAAUUGUUCAUGAUCCGCCAUUGUAUUUAAGCUUUUGUGGUCUUUAAGAAGGCUUCUUGAAGACCACAUUAAAGGGUGAAGUUGAGAGAGCACCAUAAUUGAGAAGCAUUACUCCAUUAUGGUUGGGUGAGGGUAUCUUAAGAUAUUUUUUGAAGCUAAGUUGGGUGCCUAAAACAUGUGAGGGGAGAACUGAAAGGGUGGCAAGUAAAAAGUUUUUGUCAAAGAACCAGCUCAACCAAAAGCUUAAGUUGAUGGUUGAGGCCUCAUGAUAUGUUAUAUACUCUAAUACUUCCCCUCACACGAGAGCCUUAGGGCUAGAAGGGCUCUCGUGUGGAUGCAACAUAAGGCCUCUUGGCGCUGAAUAUUCCACUUUAAAUAAGGGGUAAUUGAGAUUCGAACCCGUGACAAGUUGUCACGCUGUCUUCUGAUAUCCAUUUAUAUAUUUGCAUGUUUUAAAAGUUGUUUUGUAUUGGAAAAGACUUGAGAUCUUUUUAUAGCAAUGCAUGUCAUGUAAAUCCAUUGCCUGUGCGAUGCAUAAAUCUCUCUCGUUUAUCAUUCUUCUGCUUUGCUAGACAUAUAUGAAUUUGCUCAUAAAUUACGAACUAAAUCUCUUUGGUUCCUGUAUAACGUGGUACCUUAUUUGCUUCUUGUACAUGCAGCAGAUAUUGUAGUUGAUCUUUAAUGUACAGAGUCAUGGAGAUAUGGGGAUUUCUACUUUGAUUUCUUCACUGGUUCUAGAGCAUCAAGGACAUCCACAUUUCAACACAAUUGUAGAAGCACAGGCUCAUUGGAAAAUUUUCAGUCCAUUGACGAUGGUUUCUUUUGUUAAAUUACCAUUACUGAGUAUGCUUAAACAUCUAAGUUAAAUUAGAAAAUCUCUGUUUUAUUUUUGUGAAUAAUGGGCUACUUUUUAUAUUAAGGGGUAAUCGAAAAUAAGCUUUGCUUUUACAAUCGUAAUGUUAGGUACAUUCGACUUUCCAAAACCUUACAUAGGUAGGAAUCAUUAAUGGCAUUGCGGUAUCUGAUGUAGUUAUAUAUUUAUAGAGAUAUAUUAUGAACUUUCAUAUACGAUUUUUACUAUUUUGAGAUUGCUGCUAAUAUUUCUUCUCACAACAUAUCACCAUUUGUAGCUAUGUCGAAGGAGCAUGGAAAAUAGUUAUCAAUGAUCAAGCAAAGGAAACUUAUCACUAAAAAAAUUGUCAGCGAGAGUUAAAAUUAUUAAACCGAUUAAUGGGGAAAGUAUAGAUGAUAGCAACAAUAUGAAAAGGUGUAUUAUUAAGGAUAGUGUUUAUAGAGAUUUAGUAUUGUUACUUUAUAAGAAUGAUCACAUAAACCUAGUGCAAGGAAUCAGAUUCAAAAGAGAAGAACAUCAAUUAAGUAAAGCACAGAUCAAGUAUAGUUCGUUUCAGGGUUGAUUAUUUAGAAGUACUUAGUACUAAUUCUCUAUUCUUUUAUGAUAUGAGGCGUUGGUAUCCACUCUUAAGUGGAUGGAGUACCGGGUAUUGUUCCCACUGGAGUGGAUGGAGUACCGGGUGUUGUCCCAUUUGGAGUACCAGGUGUUAUUCCCGCUGGAGUAGAAGCAUCGGGUGUUGUCCCCACAGGAGUGGAUGGAGUACCGGGUAUUGUCCCAUCUGGAGUACCAGGUGUUGUUCCCGCUGGAGUAGAAGUACUGGGUGUUAUUCCCACUGGAGUGGAUGGAGUACCGGGAGUUGUUCCCACUGGAGUGGAUGGAGUACCGGGUAUUGUCCCAACUGGAGUACUAGGUGUUGUUCCCACUGGAGUGGACGGGGUACCAGGUAUUGUCCCUGUUGGAGCAGAUGGAGUACCAGGUAUUAAUGUCCCCGUUGGAGUGGACGGAGUAACGGGUGAUGAUGGAGUUGGGGGUCGUCCAGGGAAACAUUUAUCACACCCUUGUAAUUUUGCAGUAGCUCCAGUACAUGGCUGUACUAUAGAAAUCACUACUUUUCGACUCAUAAUGAUCUUCUUCGGACCAUUACAUACGAAGGUUGUAGCGACUCCUUCAGGAAGAACAUGGCUAGGUGAGCACAACGUACAAGCGGCCAAAUUGCUGUGCCUUGCGCACCUUAUUACGCCAUGCCCGGUAUUCAAGUUUAUCGAAUUACUAGAACGUCGUUCAGAACUUGGACAGAUCAAUGUUGUUCGCUGUGUUCGAGCAGAAGCUACUAGCAUUGGACUUAGUAAUACUGCAAGGCUUAACAAGCCGAGCAACAGUACAUUUCGUCGUCCAACAUCAAUAUGUACCAUCUUAAUUAUUUAGAGAUAAUUACAAUAUUAUUAGGAAAUUAAGAAUAGGAAACUUGUAUAUAAUGAAUGAAAUGAGAUUUAGACUAGAAUGA